ACGGGGGUCACAAAAUGCUACACCUAAAUGAAUCUAGCGACUCCAGCGAGGAAGAUAGUUCGGCAGGAGUCGAUGAAGCCCAAGUCUGGGACAGCGAUAUCGUCUCCCUGCGCGCCAUAUUAAGUCAGCUGUUCACCAACUCAACCAAGGAACGGGGAUCCUUAAACAUACUCAAAGACAAGAAAGGAAGGGAGGCUGGCGUCCUGUCCCGCUGUCUCCGCCGCUAUCUCUGUUGGUGCGAAGAGCAGAUUAAACACGACAAGCUGCAGCUUCCCUUUCCCUAUCAGCAAGUGAAAACGAGUAAUCCAGACAACAUAUACGUGUUGGAUGCUUGGGUGUUCUUCUACUUUCUACACUGCUACAUCAAGUCCCCAAAUGCUCUCUCAGCAAACGAUAGCUGGGCUGAACUGUCUGAGAAGCAGCUUGAUUUCAACCCGAUCAGAAUGCUGUCCAUCAUGAGCACCUUCAUCGUUGUGACCGUGUUCAACGCGUUACCAAGAGAUGAGACCAAGCUGUUUACCGAAUCACAUCGCUUCGUCGAUAUGGUCGUCGACAUUAUAAGGCGUGGCAUUAACAUCUUUAAUAACAGCAAUUGCAGCGACCAGAACCUAGAGAUGAUAUUCUGCAACGAGUUCGAGUCCAUCCUAGACGACUGCACGGACUACUGCGACGCGAUCAACGCGGUCUACGGGUUGUCCGAGGCGCCCGUAGUACCUACGGAGGAAGCCGAACCGGUAGACGGACAAGCGGAGACGUCUUUCAUCGACCUAUCAUUGUCUGCAGACGAGUUUUAUUAUCCGCCUCAACUGGAUAAUGCAGAUGAAUGGGUUGAGACGGCCACAUCACUUCACUUCUCUUCACUUCACCCCAAUGGAUCUAUCUAGCCGGGCUGGAUGACCUACCUCACUUGUCAGAAUUACGAAUUUCCUCAUGUACACUUACGUAGGUAGGUAGCUUAUUCGGAUCCAUCGGCGUUGAAUUGACGAAUCACAUCUUCUGCUUAUUCCGUGCCGCCGCAUGCUUGUCCUUGGUCUAGAUACCUACACAUCGCGUAAUGGCGCAUACCUACCUACCUACAUACCUACAUACAUACAUAAAUAGUAAUACACGGGAGUCCCUGCCUUGCCUACCU